AGAAGUGGGGUAGAAGACAAGAGAAACGGCUUCCUUCAAAUCUUCUUUACAACUGCCCACCCCAUAAAAACACUUCACCCUUUCUGGCCUAUAUUUUUGUCUCCUAAUUUCAUUCUUCCGCAAAUUCCUCCCUAUUUUUACUUUUAUUAUUAUAUCUUUUUUAUUUUUACUAUUAUUCUUCAACUCAUUCUUUCAGGGUCACUACUAUUUUCAAGGGCUUGAAAAUAAUCUAGUUUUUUAUAUUUUUGGUUGCUCUACUUAUAAAUCUUUCCACUUUUUUCUGAGUCGGAACUAGGUGGUAUCAACUAUUUGGUUGAUUGAUUUGCAGGUUGCAUUACAAGUGGAAUUGUUGGUUGAUUUGGCGUUUGAUCUGUAAAUUGAAGGGGGUUAGAUAGAAAUACAGUUAGAGAAAAGGAGAAAGAUGUGGGGUAUCACUAGAUUUUGGGAGAAAGUUUAUAUCUUGUCUGAAGGGGAAUCUGGGUAUUGUUCUAAGAAGAAGGAUGAUAUUUGUUAUGAGGACGCUGGUCGAGCCUUGAGCAUGACGAGAUUAAAAUGCAUCCUUCGUGGCUUGGACCUGAAAACAUAUAUCUUUCUUUUUGUGUUGAUGCCAACUAGUAUCUUUGGUAUAUAUGUUCAUGGACAGAAAAUCACUUACUUCCUACGGCCUUUGUGGGAAAAGCCGCCAAAGCCUUUCCAUGAAAUGCCUCACUAUUAUCAUGAGAAUGUGUCAAUGGAGAAUCUCUGUAAACUUCAUGGGUGGGGAAUUCGUGAGUACCCUAGGCGUGUCUUUGAUGCAGUGUUGUUUAGUAAUGAGGUGGAGAUGCUUACCAUACGGUGGAAGGAGUUAUACCCUUAUAUAACAGAGUUUGUUUUGCUUGAAUCAAAUUCAACAUUCACCGGAUUGCCAAAGCCUUCGUACUUUGCUAAUCACAGAGAUCAGUUUGACUUUGUGGAAUCAAGACUGACAUAUGGACAAAUCCCGGGGAGAUUUAGGAAAGGAGAGAAUCCUUUUGUUGAGGAAGCUUAUCAGAGACUUGCAUUGGAUUAUCUCCUCAAACAAGCUGGUAUUCAGGAUGAUGAUUUGCUGAUAAUGUCGGAUGUUGAUGAGAUACCUAGUAGACAUACCAUCAAUCUCUUGAGGUGGUGCGAUGACAUACCUGCAGUUCUUCAUCUUCGGUUGAAGAACUAUCUCUACUCUUUUGAAUUCCUUGUCGAUAACAAUAGCUGGAGAGCUUCUGUACACAGAUACCAAUCUGGUAAGACGAGGUAUGCUCAUUUUCGACAGUCAGAUAUCAUCUUGGCGGAUGCAGGGUGGCAUUGUAGCUUUUGUUUCCGCCUCAUAAGUGAGUUUAUAUUCAAGAUGAAAGCCUACAGCCAUUUUGACAGGGUCAGAUUUUCUCAUUUUCUGAAUCCAAAGAGAGUGCAAAAGGUAAUUUGCGAAGGGGCUGAUUUAUUUGAUAUGCUACCGGAGGAGUACACUUUCAGAGAGAUCAUAGGCAAAAUGGGACCUAUUCUGCACUCCUACUCAGCCGUUCACCUUCCAGCUUUUCUUUUGGAAAAUGCAGAUCGAUAUAAGUUUCUAUUGCCCGGUAAUUGCAUGAGAGAAAGUGGCUGAUCUGGGAAGGUUAAGUUCUUUUUUUCUUUUUUGUAAAUGUCGAGGGUGCAGUUUCGCAUUGCUCCUUGUGAAGCCCAUAUUGAGGAUUCUGCAAGAUGUCCAACAAUUAUGUCUCCUACAAACUAUUUUGAAUGUUUGGAUGAGUACUCAGAUUUGGGGAGUGAAGGGUUGUUUUGUAUAUACUUCUUAGAGAAGAUCUUUUCAGGAUCCGGCAUGUCUGUUCGACAAAUGGGGAGGGAGCUGCUAUUAGUUUAAAGUUGUGCAUAACUCUAUAUUCCAUAGUGUACACCAUUUCUGAUUAUGCUCCCAGAUAAUAUUUCACAUUUUUUGGGCUUUUCCUCAUGUUGGGAAAUUUUUGGAUAGGGACUAAUUUAUUCAUAUGUAUUCUUGUGUUGCAUUUUCUCUGA